CUCAGGCUCUGGCGCAGGGUCUGGAGGGAGAUCUCCUCGCGCUUGACCUGGAUCGGUGACGACAGUUUGAGGGAGGCGGGAGCUAGGGGAGACAGGGCGAGAGUACCGCGAGGCAGAUCGAGAUGCAAGGGUGCUUCGGGGUCCGAGCGGGUGUUGCGCUCGUCGGAUCGCUUUGUAGCGCGGAUAGUCUUCUGGGAUCGAUCGGGGGGUUCGGUUCGGGCACGGUUGCUGCUCGCAACGGUAGAUGAUAGUUUCAGGACCGUCUGGGAUGUAGACGUCGAUGAGGUCCUGAGAGUCGAAUGCGUGAACUUGGCCUUGACAGGCAGCCACGUUGGAUGGAGGGAGGACGGGAAGGAACCAAGGCUACGCGUCCGUGAGGACAAGUACCGCUCACUGAAGCGCAGGUACUGA